AUGCACGCAGAGCUGCUCGGAUGCGGACAGACGAGCGAAGGACAGCUCGGAGUGAUGCUCCCCUCCGAGCCGCCCAUUAUCCGCGUUCCCGACGCGAUCAGUGAGUUUUCUUGGCCGGGGAGCGCGAUUUUUGUGCACCUUUUGACGGGAUGCACAAAGUAAACUUGCAGUCGGCGCGCCGAACGACUCGAACGGAACGGCGGUGAAAUCGGUGGCGUGCGGCGAGAAUCACACGAUUUUUCUGACAAAUGACGGCAAAAUGUGGAGUGUGGGUCGGAACGCGGACGGACAAUUGGGACGUGGCAAACGCGACGACAAACCGAGUUCCUCCAUUUAUCCGGUGUCGCUGACGAGCGGAUGCGCCAUUGUUCAGGUGCGAAAGUGUGCGAAAAACGUCGUCGUUUCUUCUUGUUUCCUAAAAAAAACUUGCAGAUCGACGCGGGGCGAGCGCACAGCGUGGCGCUUUCCGACGACGGACGCGUGUUCGCGUGGGGUUCGAACGAGCACGGACAGCUCGGAUUGGCCGGCAGCGUCUUCUGGCACGAAUCGCCGAAACGUGUGCACGAACUGAUCGAGGUGGUGCAGGUGGCCGCCGGCGCGGAUCAUUGCAUCGCCCUCACCGAAGGUUUGUAA